UAAUCGUGCUCGUAAAUUUAUGAAUCCGACUAUCUCAUUCUUUCGCAGAGCACUAUUCUUUUUUUGCAAAUCCUGCCAUUGUUGGCAUUGGCCGCUUAGAAAGCUGACCACCCCUGACUGCAAGCUAUCGGACACAUAACACAGAUAGUACUAUUGACUCGGAAGAAUUAUACACAGAAACUUUUACAAAAGUGUGUAGCCGAUAUGGGAAACAAUUUACAUGGGAGAUGAAAGCUAGCUUGUUGGGACUCCGAGGUCAGGAAUGUGCAAACAAAAUAAUUCGUGAACUGAACAUACCCCUCACUGAGAAAGAAUUCACGCAAGAAUGUAAUAAGAUAUAUGAAGCCGUGUUUCCUAGUGUGAAACUUAUGCCAGGAGCUCAAAAGUUAGCCCAACAUCUAUAUAAGAAAGGUGUUCCAUUAGCAAUAGCCACUAGCUCAAGCCAAGAUAGUGUUGCCAAGAAAAUGCAGAACCAUAAAGAACUACUUAAAUGCUUCCACCACAUCACUGCAGGUUCUUCAGAUCCAGAAGUGACUAAAGGAAAACCAGAUCCUAUUACAUUCUUGGUCUGUGCUUCAAGGUUUCCUGACAAACCAAGACCAGAGGAUUGUCUAGUAUUGGAAGACGCAGUGAAUGGAGUAAAAGCCGCCAUGGCAGCCAAGAUGCAAGUAGUUGUAGUGCCUGAUCCACGCAUAGACCACGAGCAACUGAAAGAUGCUACUCUGGUCCUCAAAUCUCUUGAAGACUUCAAGCCCGAGCUAUUUGGUUUACCAGGCUAUGACUAACACUUUGUACUCAGCUAGACAACAAAGAUUAUAAGAUCCAACUUUAUCUAUUGACUAACUUUCCUCAUACAAUGCACAUAAUAAGCAGGCAAAAUACAUUUGCCUAAUCUACAGAGUUGAUCAUACAUAGUUCUGGAACACAGGAAAGCUUAAUAACAAAAAGGAAAAAUCUAGUAUUUUACUUCCAAAAGUUUUCUGGUAAAUACUACUACAAUAAAGUAAUUGCUAAUAUAAUAACACAUCAAAAAUAUAGAACUAAAUACAAUACAAUAACUAGCAGAUUUCAGAGAGAGAGUUAUUAUCCACUCUGUAUACUUCCUUGGAAGUCUAGGUAAAUACGCGACUACCCAUUUACCUAUCCUUGAUUAAUAAUAUAUCUCUAUAAUUAGAACAAAAAAAGUGUGGUCAUGGUUUUGAAAUUUAUCGCUAUAACUUUUUGCUUGUCUUACAAACUAUUUGAUCUACUAUGCCUGUACAAUCCUUCAUCACUAACAACCAACUAUUUGAUAUAUGACAUGCAAUGGUUGGUUGUUACAUGACAUAGGGCUGUACAUGCUCAGAGUAUGAUUUCUUAUUGAUAGGUUUUUGUCCCACUUUUAGAAAGUUUUCAGUUAUUGAAAUUGUUAAGAUUAUUUUAGGUUGAAACACGAAUUAGAAAACAUUGAGAUUGCCAAUUGUUUAAUUUGUGCGCACCACUGAGAAUCUUGAAAUACGUAUUAUUGGUUGCCGUGGUGAUGGCGGGUAUAGUGCUGAGGCUCUAGAAAUACGCUCGACACUCCUCCUCAAAUUAAAACUAAAUAUUUGUUAAUUUGCUACAAAAGCGCAAUUCUGAACUUCAGCAAAUAUAAUACCUACACAAAAUAAGUUGCGUGAUUGUGCAAAACAGUAAAAUACAAUUCUCAUUUGUUACAUAUUAAAAACUAAAUCAAACAAUUAUUACACAACAUAAAAAUCUUUUCUUACUUUCACAAAACUUAUACUGUUCAUGUUACUCUCCUCCUACACCACCUAAGAUAUAAAACCAUGUUAGUCUCAUAAUCUUACAGUGACGUCAGAGGUAUUACUUUUCUUCCCGAAUUUGUCAUUCUUAAUAUCUCAGUUUCUUUUUCAUUUGUACUGACAGUCUCUUCUUGCUUAUUCUCUUCCGUCUCCUCCUUGCUUAUUCUCUUCCGUCUCCUCCUGUAAUAUAUACUUUGUUUCUUCGUUUUUACUCUUUUCUUCGUAUUGUAAAUCACCUUCAUCAAAUCUCACAUCUCGUGGUAUUAUUAUUUUAUCAUUUUCUGGAUCCCAAUGUCUGUAUCCCAGAGUGUUAUAUCCUACCAUCCUCACUUCCUUAGCUCUCUUGUCAAAUUUGUCUUGUUUCGGUAUUAUUGUGGCCCAAGCUCUUGAACCAAAUAUUCUUAGUCUAGAUAAAUAGUUUUUCUUAUAAAACAAUUCACUCGGGGUCUUGAAAUUUAUAGUCCACGUAGGAGAUCUAUUCAAUUGAUAUGAUGCGCAGUGAAUGGCCUCGCACCACAAAUGUUUAGGUAACUUAGUCUCCGCUAAUAAAGUUCUAGUUCUAUCGCACAGUGUGUGCGAUUCAUCCGCUCGGCAACGCCAUUGGCUGAGGGGUGUAGGGCACGGUAUACUCUAUCCUUAUCCCUGUUCCGUCACAAAACUGUCGUAGUUUGUUCGCAGUGUAGUCGCCCCCAUUGUCGCAUCUUAUUCUUUUGAUCUUAUUUCCUGAAUCUGUUUCCAAUCUCAGAAUAUAAUUAAUCAGCUUCUCAGU